AUGUCUUCGAGAGCUAGAUAUUACUUAGAGCAAGCCAUUCCGGAGGUCGAUGAUCUCGUUGACAAGGGUCUUUUUACCAAGAAUGAAGUCAAUAUGAUCAUGAAGAAAAGAACAGAUUUUGAGCAUAGAUUAAACUCCAGAGGGUCUAGAAUCAACGACUACGUCAAAUACAUUGCAUACGAGACUUCUGUCGAGAAGUUGCGACAGAAGCGGGUCAAACGAAUUCUGGAAGCCCACAAAACCAACAGUAUUUCAGACUGGUCCAUCGAGCACAGAAUUCAGUUCAUAUACCAGCGUGGAUGUAACAAGUUCCCCAAAGACUUGAAAUUCUGGUCUCUUUACCUUAAUCAUUUGAAGACUCGUGGCAGCAAGACGUCCUACCGACGUAUUCAUCGUGUUUACAACCAACUUCUAAGACUUCACCCCACAAAGGUCGAUAUUUGGAUCAGUUGCGCUAAGUACGAAUACGAGGUACAUGCCAACUUCAAGAGCUGCAGAAGUGUUUUUCAGAAUAGUCUGAGGUUCAAUCCCGACUCGUUCAAGCUAUGGCUGGAAUAUUGCAAAUUUGAGCUCAAUUUCAUCACAAAGUUGAUAAAUAGGCGAAAAGUGCUCGGACUUAUCAACGAAAGGGAACAACAAAUGGAUAUGUUACAGCAGCAGGAAGAUGCUGCCAAUGGGGCCGAAGAUUCCGAAAACGAUGGCAAUGAGCCAGAUGACGGGCCACUAAAUGUCCCAAGCACGGGCGACUCUAUGAGGGAUAAAUUGAAUCAAUUACCAGAGGCAGACAUGAACAUGCUUGGGAACGAAGACACAAAUCCUGCUUUGAGAGGUGACAUUGCUUUGACGAUUUUCGAUAUUGCAAUCCAAGAGCUUGCAGAAAGUUACUUCAACAAGCACAAGGGCUAUUAUACGACAACCGAGCUCGAUAGUGAUAUGAAUCUUCGCGUCACACAAGCAGAAUAUUUGUUCAAACUAACCAUGUCUUUUAUAGAUCUGUUUGACAAUUUUACUGACCUACGUCGUGACUACCUGAUAAAUCAUGUCGUUCAAUUUUGGAAGAAUAGCGCCUUCGGAGAAAUAUUACAACUCAAACUAAAAUCUGCAUAUGUCGACCUUCUCAUCAUCGAUAUUACCCUAAACAUCAGAUAUGCGGAACUCGAAAAUUUGAAUACAGAAGAUUUGCAGAUUUCCGUCAACAAAUUCAUUGCAUACAAAUAUAAGCUCGAUGACGAUGUUAGCAGCAGCUUGAAAAAAGUUUUUGCAUCAUAUCUUCAAGAGAGAUUUCAGUCUCAGAAACAGGAGGGCGAAGAUGCAAGGUACGGUAUUUUGAAUGCCAUUAUCAAGAAACUUUGA